CCCAAAGAAGAAGAAGAAAACGGAAGACUACAAGGAAGUAUAUUUACAGUCGCGAUAACAACAAAUUGCCAUGCAAUGUAGCGUACUGCUAUUAUAGUUUAUUUUCAGGUGAACAUUAAAAACAGGAUUGUCAUUUGGCAGGCAUAUUUGAUAAAGGCUUCAGCUCAACUCAUGGAAGCAGUCGUUUUGUUGGCCAUUGUUGUGGGGCUAGCUAUCUUUUCUGAAGACGCAGGAUCAUGUCAUCCAAGGAGGGGGGGGAAGGCGAAACUGCUGAAUCCGGGGCUAUGGCAACACAGAGUUCAAUGGCUGUCAAUAAUGGCAGGGACAACAACCAGAAGAACCAUCAUGAUGAAGUAGGGAGGUUGCACGCGGAACCAAGCAACGAAACAGGCAGUACAGCAGACACCAGCACAGCAGCCAAGAACUUGGCUUUGCUCAAAGCCCACUCCCUGGAUGUGAAUUUUGAGGUUGGCGAGGAGUAUGACGUCAUAGAGACCAUCGGCACAGGGGCCUAUGGCGUCGUGUCCUCCGCCAGGAGGCGGGACAAUGGUCAACAAGUGGCAAUUAAGAAGAUUCCCAAUGCUUUUGAGGUGGUGCAAAACGCUAAGCGUACAUUACGAGAGCUGAAGAUUCUCAAGCAUUUCAAACAUGACAACAUUAUCGCCAUCAAAGACAUCCUCCAGCCUAGCCUCCCUCACUUCAAGUCUGUAUAUGUGGUUCUGGACCUGAUGGAGAGUGAUCUCCACCAGAUCAUCCACUCCCGGCAGCCGCUGACMCCAGAGCACACACGCUACUUCCUGUACCAGCUCCUCCGCGGUCUCAAGUACGUGCACUCGGCCAAUGUCAUCCACCGCGACCUCAAGCCCUCCAACCUGCUGGUCAACGAGAACUGCGAGCUGAAGAUCGGUGACUUUGGCAUGGCCCGGGGCCUUAGCUCACACCCCGAGGAGUCCCACUCCUUCAUGACCGAGUACGUGGCCACACGCUGGUACCGCGCCCCUGAACUAAUGCUCUCGCUGCACCACUACAGCCUGGCCAUCGACCUGUGGUCCGUGGGCUGCAUCUUUGCCGAGAUGCUGGGCCGCAAGCAGCUGUUUCCCGGGAAGCACUAUGUCCACCAGCUGCAGCUUAUCCUGUCUGUGUUGGGCACACCYCCAGAGGGUGUGAUCGGGGCCAUCGGGGCCGAUCGGGUGCGCUCCUACGUGCGGAGCCUGCCGUCGCACGCACCUGUGCCCUUGACCAAGUUGUACCCACAGGCCGAGCCUGCUGCCCUGGACCUGCUGGCCACCAUGCUGCGCUUCGAUCCUCGCGAGCGGAUUGAUGUGAGCCAGGCACUGGAGCACCCCUACCUGUCCAAGUACCACGACCAGGACGAUGAGCCCAUCUGCGUGCCCGCCUUCGACUUUGAGUUCGACAAGGCGCCCAUGAGCCGGGAGCAGAUCAAAGAGGCCAUCCUGGUGGAGAUCCAGGACUUCCACCGGCGGAAGCAGAACAACCGGCAGAGGAUCCAGUUCAGGCCCUUACAGAGGCAGGGUGGUGGUGACCAACGGUCUGCUCAAACCUCCACCGUCAACCUGACCAAUAACUCAUUGGCUUCCAUGUCACGACCGACACAGGUAUCACCGAUGCAGCCGCAACCAGUGUCAAAGAGUCAAGCCAAUCAGCAUCAUAUAACAACAGGAGGGAACCAAACUUUCGCCAAUCAGCUGCCGUCCUUUAGUAAACAGGCCCCACCCCUUUUAGAGGUGACCCCAUCCCAACYUCUGACCCACACGUUGCCUCCCCUGACCCAGACAGAGAGUUGCCAGGACGUGGAUAUGCCCAGCGCCAACUCGGACAGCGGGCAGCCUGAGAUCAUAGACCUGAUCACGCCAGUCUCUUCCCAGGGCACCUCACCGUCUGAAGCUCUGAGGGAAAGCUCGAAGGUGGAGGAGCUAGUACCCACCAGCCAGGGGGGACCUCUGACCCAAGUCACCCAGAGUCAGCCAAUGUCUCAGGGCCAGGCUGCGUCUUCCGUGUCCUCCACUUUAGCGCACGACACCAUGGCCCCUCUGCCCAACUCUGUGCCUUCUCUCAUGCUCUCCCAGGCCCAAGCUCAGUCGCUUUCGCAGUCCCUCACUCAGUCCUUGUCCAAGGGGGCGAGGGGAACAGCGGGGGCAGGGGAAGGGACCAGGAAAGAUGGAGCCAUUUCGGAGGACACCAAAGCAGCGCUCAAGGAGGCCUUGCGGAAGUCGGCUCUCAGAAACAAAGCCAGAGAUGGAGGUCCUACAGCGCUGAGCAUGGAUACAGGUGGAGCAGGUCUGACAUGCUCACUAACUUCCUCCCUCUCUCUUCCGGAGCUACGGCGGCCCGUCACAGCCCAGGAGCGCCAAAGAGAAAGGGAGGAGAAGAGGAGGAGGAGGCAGGAGCGAGCUAAGGAGCGGGAGAGGAAGAUGAAAGAGAAGGAGAGAAGAGAAGGGGACUCAUUGGGUGGGGUUCUCCUGAGCGACAACGACAAGAGCUUAUUGGAACGCUGGAAGAGGAUGAUGGACAGCCGUGCAGACAAAUCACAGACCCCCGAUGUCGACGCAGCCAAAACUAAGGGCUGCAAAGUAAGUUCCCACCUCAGCGGGAAGUCGAGCGAAAAGACCCAGGCGGCAAUGGCUGUAAACCACACCAAAUCGGAUAAGGAUGCAGGGGAGAUUCAGACUCACKAACAGACGGUACCCCAAAUAGAGCCCAAUCUGUCAGGCAUGUUCCAGCCACUAAAUACCCAGGGCUCACUGCCUUUCUCUCUGGGCCAGACAAAGGGAGAGGAGAUGGGGCGUSUGGCUGUGAGUGGAGGGAUGGACAUGGUGGAUGGAGCCUCCUGUGGCUUAGCUAAAAACAACACGCUAAAACCAACGCAGGGUGAGUACGAAGGGCCAAGGAUCUUCAACUGUCUGGGGAAUUGGGCCGGGCAGCAGGUAGGGGCCGGGACUUCCCAGCAACAGCAGCUACCCCUUAACAGAUCACCCCAAGCCUGCCAGACAAGCUUCCCUCAGCCUCAGCCGCACCCCGUGGGGACUUUCUUGACGAAAGCCCCAGCACUACCAUCGAGCGAAACCAAUGGCAACAUGAGAACAGGGGGUGGUCAGAACAACAUCAACUCUCACCCUAACUCAGUCACUAGUGGUGCCGGGCCCAUGGAGAAGCUGUGCUCGGCUCUGAGAGAGAAGCCCGGUUCCCACACGCAGAGCCCUCUCUGCGGGGCCUUAGGGGCCCUGUCCCUUCCUCAGCCCAGCUUAGGGUUCACAGACACCGGACAGCCGGGGCACGCUGUGGCCCCUGACAUCCACACGGUCACACUGCAGCUCUCAAAGUCACAGGUGGAAGAUGUGCUGCCUCCGGUGUUCUCUGUCACGCCUAAGGGCAGUGGGGCAGGGUACGGAGUGGGCUUUGACCUGGAUGACCUCUUCAACCAGUCUCUCACUGACCUCCAGCACGCAGACCUCAGAGACAGUUACAAUGACUCAGGCCCCCUCUCAGCCUCCCUGCUCUCUGAUUGGCUGGAGGUGCACCGCAUGACUCCGGCUGACCUGGAAUCGCUACAGCAGGAACUACAGCUAGGAUCUCCCAUGAUCCUCUCUGACUCCAUCCCCUCUGACACCUGACUCCCUCCUUCUGGAAUAACAACCAAGACACUGGAGGUAGAAAUAGCCCCUUACCAGACAUCAGGUUGCAUUGUCUGCAUCCAAGUGCAUUCCACACACAGUGCACUACUGGGAGUAGGUAAAUUGCCCCUAAAUACUACACAAAUAGCCUAGUCCCAGAUAUGGGACUGCUAUACAGGGUAUUUCAUCCCCUAAUGGUACCUUUAGUCCCUAUGUAGUGCACUACAUUUGACCGGGCCCAUAGGGCUCUGGUCAACACUAGACCCUUGUGUCCCUACAUUUAGAAGUUUCCUAGAAAGGAGGAGUCUGAGCCCUGGAUAAUACGCUUUGUAAUAGACACUCUAAGGAUCAUCUAUUUAUUUGUUUUUCUAGCAUUUCCUCAUGCAGUGUUCAUGGUUCUUUUAAUAAAGAUCAUUGGGUCAUAA